CCGAUCAGCACCAGCUACCUGCCAGUUUAGGCAGUAUAGGCUUUAGUUUCGAUGAAUAAAGCUUGUCAGCUUCAGUUAGUGACGAAUCCGCAAACAAACAGCAGACGCGGCUUCCGAACGCAAGCGUUGGAUAUAGUUCGCCUUUGCACUUCAUCAUUAUCAAUGGAAAUUGAUCUGAUCGAACGAAGACGACGACAGCUUUGGAUUUUUUGUUUUGAUUCUCGCGAUCAGGUUGGCCGUGAUCAGGAACGUAAACAGUAAAAUUAAUCAUGAGACGAUGGAACUUAUUGGUUGUGUUAGUGACGGCAUUUUAUUGUGCGCACCGCGAAGCUCGAACUCAGAGCGGUGAGGGAGAUUCCUGUUUCUUUCAAAACACUGCCGGAAUAUGUGUUGGCUAUAGCAGCUGUCGCCGUGUGUUGGAAUCAACCGGAAGCCGGAUCACCAUUUGUUCCUACAAUGCCAAAGAAGCCAUCGUUUGCUGCCCGGAGGACUACAAGACGCGAUUGGAACAACAGGAGGCUCGAGAUGCCUCAAUGACCAUCAGUGCCCGGAAGUGCGAACAAUAUAUGCGUCAGGCAGCGCCUACUUUGUACUUCAGCUCGCUGAAACCAAACGGAGAGGUCAUUCAGAGGAAAGCCAGACCAUGUCCCACCUACACCAAUUUGAUUGUCGGUGGCGAAGCUGCCCAGCAGGGAGAGUUUCCCCAUAUGGCUGCAAUAGGAUAUAGGAGUGGUCCCACGGGCGCUCUUGAGUUUCGUUGCGGUGGCAGUCUCAUCAGCGAACGGUUCAUUUUAACGGCAGCCCAUUGUCGCAAUGAGGAUGCGGUGUUGGUUCGAUUGGGCGUUGUGGAUUUGUUGAGUGAUAAAAGCGCGACCCAACCACAGGAUUACAACAUCGAAUCAUUCAUAAGACAUCCCGAGUAUUCCGCUCGAACCAAACAUAAUGAUAUCGCGUUGGUAGAGCUGUCGGAAACCGUUCCGUUCAGUCAACGGGUGCGACCGGCCUGUCUGUACCAAUCUACGGUAAUUAGAGAACAGAAGCUGACUGCUACGGGCUACGGAGCGGUCGAUAAUUUUGGAACCAGCCAAAAUCAUCUGCUCAAAGUGGUUCUCGAUCAGUAUGGCCAGGAGGAGUGCCGCCGGCACUACCAGAGCGACGUUCACACCCUGACACGGAAUGUUGUCGACACUCAAAUGUGCGCUGGUUAUCCAGCCGGUGGGCGGGAUACCUGUCAGGGUGAUUCCGGUGGUCCACUGCAGGUUCGGAACACCAGCGACGGAUGUCAAUUUCACAUCGUAGCGGUUACCUCGUUUGGAAAGUUCUGUGGAACAAUCGUCCCCGCGAUAUAUACACGCAUUGCGCCGUAUCUUAGCUGGAUUGAGUCGAUUGUGUGGAAUUCUGCAACAUCUCAUAAACUUCACCUCAUCCAGCAGGAAAACCGAGGGAAUAUCGGUAUCAUUUUCUUCAGAGUCAACGGAUUAUUGACUCCAAGAGAAAUUAGAAUUCAUACCUUCCACACCAAGCUAAGGGCAGUGGGUCAACGAAAUUACAUAUGCGCACCGCAUAUGUAUAAAACGGUUCAGGUUCAGGUGAAAUCGGUUGACUCAGAAGCAGUCGCCACGAUGGAUUUGACCGGACUGCUACAGUUUACGCUGUUCUUCGCUAUUUUACGCUUGGCAACCGCUGACGAUCGUGAAACGGCUGCACGGAUAGCAUCAUGGAAAUGUCAGGAAUAUGUCGACAUGGUCUCGGAACCGCAUGAGAUCAUUACUUUGGAUCUGGACUCGCCCGUUCGAUAUAUAUACAGUCUGCAGUGUCCAUUGCAAAAUCCGUACGUGGUAGGAGGGAAGGCCGUUCAGAAACACGAGUUCCCACAUAUGGUAGCCCUUGGUUAUCAGGGCCUUUCAAACUAUGAUUUUCUCUGCGGCGGAUCUCUGAUAAGUGAGCAAUUCGUUCUGACCGCUGCACACUGCAUCACUGACAAACUAAAGAUCGUCCGCAUUGGAGUGGUCGAACUGGACGAUCCGGAUGCACUGGACAUCAAAAUCGCGGAAAUAAUCAUUCACAGCGAUUAUUCGCCCCUGACGAAGUACGACGACAUCACGCUGCUUCGAUUGGAACAAAACGUGACCAUUUCCCUGCACAUACGACCCGCUUGCCUGGGAACCGAUCGCACCGAGCAGAUCCGACGAGCAACCGUCACUGGAUGGGGUAAAACUAGUCCCAGUUCCAGGACAUCAAACGAGUUGAACAAGGUAUCGCUAGAUAUCCCCAGUGAUCGCAGGAAAUGCAUCCAGAUGUACAACGCGCCCGGCCGGAGCCGUCUGAUCGAUCGGCAGAUUUGUGCCGGAUCCCUGGAGGGCAGACAGGAUGCCUGUCAGGGUGACUCCGGUGGUCCACUGCAGGUUUUCGAGGAAGGGAAGUGUCGCUAUCACGUCAUCGGAGUGGUUUCUUUCGGGAAGAUUUGCGGCUCGGCCGAGUACGGAGUUUACACAAGGGUUUCACGCUAUCUCAGCUGGAUUGUGGAGACGGUUUGGCCCGACGAAUGGGAGUUCAAAGAGCAACACGAUCUGGACCUGCUAAUAAUUAUCAUUAGAGAUAGUCGGUCCUUUUGUGGAAAUCCCCAACAAUCGCUCGCAUCUGCUAAACAAAUAAUGAUUUCAAGGUGCCGCUUCUUGUGGCACAUUCAGACAUCAUGUCUACUGCUUCUUUUCUUCUGGUUGCAUAGAUCGGAAGCGGCAUUACAAGAGUACGAUGCCUGCAGGUAUAACGGUGCUCCGGGAAUCUGCCGCAGUUACUCGGCCUGUAAGAAACAACUCCAAAACAAACGCAUCACCAUUUGCAGUUACAACGCGCGGGAGGCCGUCGUAUGUUGCCCCGAAGCCGAAGGUGUUCGCUUCGAAGACAAUGACGAGGACAGCAAUAAAGAAGUGCCACAAUCUCCCGACUUGAACUCCCGAAAGGCCGUACAAAAAUGUAAGGAAUACAGCAAACUGUCGUACAACCAGAUAGCCGUCAGUACACUGACGCUCACGCCCACAGUGCUGAAAUACGACGUGCCAAAGUGUGAUAACAUUGUGAAGCUGAUCGUGGGCGGGAACAUCACAAAGCCGGGGGAAUUCCCCCAUAUGGCUGCUAUCGGAUGGCGGUAUGCCGAUCGAGUUUCAUUCGACUGUGGUGGUUCGCUGAUAAGUGAUCGUUUCGUUUUGACCGCCUGUCACUGUUACUUGGAUAUUGAUGGGGAAUUUCCUUCCUUCGUUCGGUUGGGUGAGCAAAAUCUUGUUCGCGAUGAUGACGGUGCCAAUCCGAUCGAUGUGGACAUUGAAGAGUUUCUCCGUCAUCCCGAGUUCAAGCGAAGCCGUGGAUUAUACAACGACGUUGCGUUGAUAAAGCUGGUGCGUAAGAUAACCUUCACAAACUACAUUCGACCGGCUUGUUUGUUCGAUCAAUUUCGAGUCAGUGCCGAACAGGCAAUCGCUACUGGAUUUGGUCUCAAGGACGAUCAUGGCGACAAAUCAGACGAACUGUUGAAGGUAUCGUUGAACAUCUACGGUAACGACUUUUGCCAGAAGGCAUACACGAAUAUUCGUCAGCUCAAGAGCGGUUUCAAGGAGACCCAACUGUGCGCCGGAAACACCGAGGGAGGAAAGGACACCUGCCAGGGAGACUCGGGUGGACCGUUGCAGAUUACCAAGCAGGAGAAUCACUGCAUGUUUCACAUUGUUGGUAUCACCUCUUUCGGUCAGUCCUGUGGUUCGUCGGUUCCGGCGGUUUACACCCGGGUAGCGUCGUAUCUGGACUGGAUUGAAUCGGUUGUUUGGACGUAAAUGGCUGUUGUAUCUAAUGUGACAAAAAAAAUCUCCAACGGAUGAAUAGUAGAAGCACUAUCGCGUCUGUUUUACAUUACUUGACUUUUAUACACUGAAAAUAUAUUUUCAUUUCAGUAUUCGUA